GUUUUUGUCGCUUGUAAUCUAACACAUACACGCAACUAUACAUAAAUAUAGCAUGGUAAAUAAAGGACGUGGUUUGAAAAGGUUAAAAGGUCCUGAAAAAUAGUCAGACUUGCACUGAUUGCAGUCAGAUAUGAGCACAUCAGAAUGAGAAGGUGUCUGGUGCUGAGUCCAAACAAGAUCUCGCUGAAAGCUCAUUUCUUUUGUAAUAUCAACCUUUGGAACGUAACUUUCUCCAGUUUUAGAGUAAAGCAUGUUUAACACUUCAGCGAUGGAUGGAACAAACAAUAUAACGCAUAUCAAUAUUUUCAUAAUAUAUCAAGACAAGUGAGAUUUCCUCUGAUGAACACUAGAUGGAGGCACAGAAUAGCUUGACGUCAGUGUUUGAGCGUCGAGUGAACUGUCAUGUUCAGUAGACAAACUCCUCUAUAGACUUAGCAGGCUCAGUCCCACAAUGCAACGCUCCAUUUCCACUGAUGAAUGAACCGGAUGAACGCUGGUCACUUGAUCAAUGAAAUAAGAUGCACCACCAUUGUAGGAUUUCAAGGUCCUCAGAUGAAAGCACUUCAUGCGGUUCUUCCCGUUCCUGCUCUGUUAUGAGGAUCAUUGAUCAUCCUGUUACUGUGAUGAGGAUGUGUUAGCAAGUAACUGUAACUGACUUGCUUGGAGCUUUUCAAAUAUUUAUCUUAAAAAUUAAUUACUGAAAAUAAGCCAAGAAGAGAAAUAACAUGAAAUAGUAGAGCUGCUUUGAUAAUACUAAUUUGUUGAUGUUAGGUGAUUUUUCUUUUAUUUAGCCCGUCUUGAAGUGUAUCAGAUUAAUAUAAUGCAGAUUAUCAAACUUUGUGUGCAAAUCCCAGUCUGCUGCCUGUAGGACACAAGUCAUGUUCAUAUCUGUGAUAUUGUGCUUCUAUGUAGUUCAAGUUCAUCUCUCAUAGGUCCUUGAGUCUAAUGUUGAGGGCUUCUCCUGGACGUCCACCUUAAACAAACUCACCGGUUUGUAGCUUGCUAGUAAUCCUGAGCAGCUUGAUUAGCUGGUUCAGGGGGGUUUGGAGCUAUAGUUUGCAGGACAGUGUCCCUUGAGGAGCAGGGCUGAGAACCUCUUUACAGCGUUCUUUCAGCUUCACAUCAUGAUCCACCUGCUAGUCAAAUACAUUCUAUCAGCGGUUCUCAAGUUAAAAGUGUUUUUUACGAGCGGGAAACUCAAAAUCUUCAGUGGACACAGCCAAAGACUGAAGAGAUGCAGCAUGAAGCUGCUGAAAUGAAUAAAAUGUUUAAUAAAAUGAGUUACAUAUACAAAAUGUUAUUACUGUAUAAUUAUUCAGUUUACAUCACAUUAAGUGAUCCUCAUUUUAAUGAGGAAUAUUAUAAAGAAGAACAAUUCCGUUUAAUUCAAGUUUACUUGUAUAGCGUUUAUCACAAUGCAAAGUGUCAGUGUUUAUCAGCGGUGUCUGAAGUCGAUGUCCACACAGCACAAAUGUUUUAUGUUUUAGCGUCCCGUGCAGGCUUGGUUUGAGCUCAGGGUUAAUACUGUGGAGGGAAACGGGUUGUUUACUUCCUAUAUUGAAGGUGUCUUUGACUGAAGAUAAAUGCUACACUGCAUUGGAUGUGGAGCUGUGUUUUCAGCCUUCAUCCUGGAGCUGGUGAGUGGAAAAUUAGAUUGCCUUGUUUCAGUCCUGUUUGUUUGAAAAGAAAAACCUGACGUCAUCUUCACUGGCCGCUUUGACUAGUCAAGCAUCCGGAACUCCAAAUCUAAAUACAGAGCAUAAUGCAAACGAGAUCUUGUUGCCUCAGAAUAUCCUUCGUAUUCAAAGUGAUUAACUCAUGGAAAAUAAAUCCUACAAGAAAUGAUACUGAAUUACUUGGGUUUGGUUUAAAGAUGUGGAGUAACCCUGACUUACUGCUAAAGGUGCUGAUAUUUUAAGUACCAUACCGUAGCGUUGAUUACAGAGCUACUAAUUAAAUUAUCAAUCGCCACGUGAUUGUGUUUGUUUUCCAGCUGUGAUCAUUUUUUCAACUUUAUCAGGUUUUUGUGCAGGCAUUUCUAAAAGCAGGUAAACCCGUCAGUUUUUCUCCAUGCUGAUUAUCAUGUUACCGGUGUGUUUGGUGAUGAUUUAUUGCUCUUGCAGAUGCUGUGAAACUACAAGCUCAUCUGUUGCCAUUAAAUGGAAAUCUCUUGACUCUCUUUGAAUGUUAUUUUCUAUGUAAAAUAUAUGGGAAAGUGGCGAGAUCACCCACAAUCAUUUCUCUGAAAGAGCAGUUGGAGUCAUGAGGAUUGGUUUGGUCUUUGUGCUGGUAUCAGGUGAGUUAUAUCGCUCUUCCAAAAUUAUCAGUUUCCACCAUUUUUUUUUUUUUUUUUUUUUUUAAAUGGGUCUUAUGUAUAAAUAUGAUGUUGAAGAGAUUAAUGGGUUUUCACAUCGAUUCCUCUGAUGUUGGUAAAGUGCUUUCCUGAAUUAUUCGGUUCAAACCUUUCAAGCUUUAUUUUAUAAUAAAGUUAAGUUCGGUUGUAAUUCUUUAAGCUGUCCAAAGAAACCGUAGAUUGAAGAACGAUUCAAGAAAAGCUCUCAGAACGGAGCACACUAACACAUGAGCUGUUCGCAUGAACACUUGUCAUUUGUCUUUUUUUGUUUAAUAAACUGGCAAUUCUCAGAAGAAAAGUGAAUAGUGAUAUAAACUGCAGGUGCAAGAAAAAAAGAAUUGUAAGAGAAGUCACAGCUAGCUCUUUUUUUGUGUCCUGUCGUGUGAAAAAAAACCCCAAGCAAAAUCAGAAUUAUGAGUAAAAAGGUCUGUUAGUAUCUCUCUAAAAAAAGCCUCUAGAAGUUCCUUCUGAACUUGUGAGAAAACCAGCUGAAGGCAUUUUAGAUGUGAUCGUAUUAUAAUAAAAUUGCUCUUUUUGCUCAUUAUGUACUUACUGUACUAAAAAUGAUUCUUUGGCAGGGUCAUGAACCCCAGAUUACUUUUACUGAGACUUCAGCAGGUGUUUGUGUUAAAGGUCAUAGAAGACGAUGUUAGCGUCCACUAAGGCCCCAGGAUACUUCAAUAUUGAAUCAAAAGAACGAUGUUCAGACUAAAUAUGUUUGAUAAGAGUCCUGGCCGGGACACAUCUGAAGUCUAAUACUCAGUUCUAGUCCUAGCGUCACCAGCUGAUCGUAGGAAGUUUGGCUCAUUUGAAUGACUUUCACACUCAAGUGCGAAGGCCCUUUCAUCGCUGCUUGCAGCUUUAAUCUUGUUUUUUUGUUUUUUUCUUAUCCUGUAUUUAGUCAGCACUUGCAGUACACUUGAACUCAUCUUUCACACUCAAGUGUACUCCAAGUGAUGACUGAAUACAUUUAAUUAAAUACAGAAAUAGUUUUUUAAAAGCGUUUUAGUUAAUAUUAGUGUCCCAAAAUGGCACAGUUGAGUACACUUAGAUGAUCUUACGUUAAUCUUUAAAAGCACUUUUAACUACAAAAUUAGUGUGAAAAUAAAGCAUGUUAAGUGCAUUAUGGAGGUGUACGUCUUUCGCCUGGGAUGGUUGUUUUUCCACUUUUAUCUUUGUCAGAUCGUUCUGAAUGUUUAUAAUGGACCGUUGUGUUUCUCCACAGCUCUGAGCUCCGGAGUGAACUCUUAUAAGUUUAUCUACGUGUCUGAGAAAAUGAACUGGACGGACGCUCAGAGGUACUGCAGAGAGCAUCACACCGAUCUCGCCACCUUAAAUGACCAGGUGGACAUCAACAUAGUGUUGAAAUCUCUACCCAGUGAUUUUGGCAAUUUAAUGUGGAUUGGACUCUAUCGGACGGAUGAGUAUAUUCCCUGGGUCUGGGUCUGGUCCGAUGGGAGCGAAUCCUUCUCCAUCCCGUGGGAUACUUCACAACCAAACAAUGUCGGUGGUCACCAGUACUGUGUGUGCAUGUCUUCUAAGGGAUACUGGAGCGAUUACUGGUGCACAGAUAACCUACCUUUUAUUUGCUACUCUGAGAAAAAGACACAGAUUGUGAGACUGGAGGUAAAAUCAAGCCAAAAUGUGAAUGAUCCUGCAGUGAAGAGUGAGAUUAUGGCAAAGAUAGAGCAGAUACUGAAGGACAAUGGUGUGACGAAUACAAAGCCCUCGUGGAUGACGUUUUCUGGUGAAAAUGUCUUUCACAACAUGUGGUAUCAGAAGAGAAAUGCUUCUAAAGCGCACUGCAGCGUGAAACCAUGAAUGGGUUAUCUCAUAUUUUGUUAGAUGCUCUCAUAAAAUAUGGCUCUCUGAGAUACGGGUAUAUUUUGCCAUGUCACACCACAGCACAGUUUAAUUUUUGUUUGACGGCUACCCAUCUGUAUUUCUGUACUGUUUAGCUCUUUUUGUGUUUUAUGCAAAAAUACAAUUAUUUGGAGAUCUUAACUAAGAUUAAAAAAAUUGAAUCGUCCUUACAUCUUAUGCUUGCUGUCAUUUUAGCCACAUUUUAAGGCUUCUUUUACAUUGUUAGAGUUGCUUCUUGAGUGUUGGAGGUGUGUAAAGUUCUAAGCUGAAAAUUUAAUAAAAAAUAAAUGUCAACU